AUGGAUACUGCUUUCAAGACCUGGGAGCUUGACAAUAACGUUCAACUCGUGGAUGCGAACCGGGACGCCCUCUACACCUACGAUCCCGAAGAACAAAAGGCCAUCCAGGAUGCCAAACCAUGGAAAACCGACCCUCAUCACUUCAAAAACGUCCGAAUAUCGGCCGUCGCCCUCCUAAAGAUGGUUAUGCAUGCCCGCUCAGGGGGUUCCAUUGAAGUCAUGGGUUUGAUGCAAGGAAAGAUCGCAGGCGAUACUAUUAUUGUGACGGAUGCAUUUCGCCUACCUGUUGAGGGAACGGAAACUCGAGUCAAUGCGCAGGAGGAAGCAAAUGAAUACAUGGUCGAGUAUCUAGGGCAUUGUAGAGAGCAGGGCAAGUUAGAGAAUGCAGUGGGAUGGUAUCAUAGUCACCCAGGCUAUGGAUGUUGGCUGAGUGGUAUCGAUGUCGGGACGCAAGCUACGCAACAGAUGUUUUCCGACCCCUUCCUUGCCGUGGUCAUUGAUCCAGAUCGCACUAUCACUGCUGGAAAGGUCGAGAUUGGAGCAUUCAGAACUUAUCCUGAGAACUACAAGCCUCCUGAUGCAGGAGCUGGAGAUGGAUAUCAAACGAUUCCGCUUGCGAAGAUUGAAGAUUUCGGUGCACAUAGCAGCAGAUAUUACUCUUUGGAAGUCUCCCAUUUCAAGAGUUCGUUAGAUACACAUCUUUUGGAGUUGUUGUGGAACAAAUAUUGGGUUCAAACUUUGAGUCAAAGUCCUCUAUUCACCAACCGCGAAUACAGCAGCAAACAGAUGCUUGACUUGAGCUCCAAGAUUCGACAAGCUAGUACUAGUAUUAGUCGUGCCGGAAGAGCAUCUGCGGGAUCAUCGACAAGCAAAGGAAUGGAUCAACAACUAGUGAAGGUAGUCAAGGAUAGUAGCAAGAUUGCUGGUGAAGAGAUGACGGGGUUAAAGGCUGGCGAAGUUAAGGCACAACUCUUUAAUGGGUUAGGCGAGGUACCAAAGACAGCAAAUGCUCCAGUUGUAGUGGCUCCAGAGACUGCGGAUUAA